AUGACAUGCACAGUUGCUGGUGUCCUGCAGUUAAGUGUGGGCAAGCGUCUUCGGGGCACAGCCACCUGGGGAUCCAGCAGGACCUUCUCCCACUCCCAUGGCAGUUUUUAUAAUUUUAAGCGUACGACAGGAACCACCUGUGAUUCCCAAGGACUUGCAGCGCGCACAGAAGCGAGCCCUUCCCUAGGCCGGCAGCAGGAGGCAGCUGUGGCUGCCGAAGAGAAUGCAGAAUCCAUUGAUCUCAAGCAGUUUUUCGACCUACAUUUCUCACAUAUAUAUUAUGUGUUCUUUGAAAACUUUGUGACUAUUGAAGUAGGUCUUAAGCAAAAAGGUCACAAGUCUCAGAGAGAAGAAUUAGAUUCUAUUCUUUUUAUUUUUGAGAAAAUUUUGCAACUCCUUCCAGAAAGGAUUCAUCAGAGAUGGCAAUUUCAUAGUAUUGGGUUGAUUUUAAAGAAGCUUCUUCACACUGGAAAUUCAUUAAAGAUACGGCGAGAGGGUGUGCGCCUCUUUCUUUUGUGGCUGCAAGCGCUUCAAAAUAAUUGCAGUAAAGAACAAUUAUGGAUGUUUUCUUGCUUGAUUCCUGGAUUUUCAUCUCCACAGUCUGAAUAUGGCCCCCGAACACUAGAUAAUCUCAUUAACCCUCCACUUAAUGUUCAAGAAACUCAAGUGACUAUAGAGGAAAUCACUCCACUUGUUCCUCCACAAUCAGGAGAUAAAGGACAAGAAGAUUUAACAAGUUAUUUCUUAGAAGCACUUUUGAAAUACAUAGUAAUUCAGGUUAAGAGUUUAGAAUGGAAGAACAAGGAAAAUCAAGAAAAGGGAUUUUCAUUCUUAUUCUCAAAUUUUAAGAAAUACUACUUACCUUCUAUUUUCCCAAACAUCUGUAAGGAGACCAGCUUGUAUAACCCUAUACUUGAUAUACCACAAAUGAGACCAAAGCCACACUAUGUAAUGGUAAAGAAAGAUGCUGAAACCAAUGAGGCAAUAUAUUGCACCAAAGAGCCUUUUAUUAAGGCUCGUGUUAUUGUGAUUCGAUGGUUGGUGUCUUUCUGGCUUGAGCCAAAACCUCAUACAGGACCUCAUAUUCCUGGGAUGGAAGGUGAAAAUGUGCCAAAGAAUAUUCAGAGAGCAGCUGCUAACAUGGCUUCAAGAGAGGACAGCAAAAAUGACAGUACUGAUAAGCAGGAUAGAAAUGCAGAACCUGAACAAUCUCAUUCUAAUACAAGUACUCUAACAGAGAGAGAACCAAGUUCUUCCAGCCUCUGCAGUAUUGAUGAAGAACAUUUAACUGAUAUUGAAAUUGUCCGGAAAGUCUUUUCUUCUAAAAGAAGCAACGUUAAUUUUCUAACUGAGAUUUUUCGGCAGGCAUUUCUGUUGCCUAUAUGUGAAGCAGCUGCCAUGAGGAAAGUAGUAAAGGUGUAUCAGGAAUGGAUUCAGCAAGAAGACAAGCCUUUAUUUAUGAAAGAACCUGAAGAAAUAAUGCAGUGCACAACUGGAGAUUGUGAUGAAACUGUUGUUGACCACAAUUCAUCAGAGAAAGCAAAAGAAAGAGAAGAGGAAAAAGGGAUGAACUCCAGUCAUGUUAGAAAUUCAAACUGGGCAAGAAAUGGCUGUUACGAAGACACUUUGCAUAAAAUGUCCGAAAUUGAUACUGAAGAGCAAAAUGUACGAGCUGGAGUGCAGUCAGUGUUGCAGAUUUUUAUAAUAAAUUCUUCAAAUAUAUUCUUUCUUGAACCUGCAAAUGAAAUCAAAGCCCUGCUGGAUGAACACACUGACAUGUGUAAACGCAUUCUUAAUAUCUACCGUCACAUGGUAGUCCAAGUGACUAUGGACAAGAAGACAUGGGAACAGAUGCUGCUUGUACUGCUCAGGGUUACUGAAUCUGUGCUGAAAAUACCACCCCAAACUUUUUUGCAGUAUCAAGGAAGAAAAAACUCCACUUUAGCUGGAAGACUUGCAGGACCUCUUUUCCAGACUCUUAUAGUAGCUUGGAUCAAAGCGAAUCUAAAUGUCUACAUCUCUCGAGAACUUUGGGAUGACUUGCUGUCUGUAAUGUCAUCACUGACAUAUUGGGAAGAGCUGGCCACUGAGUGGUCACUGACAAUGGAGACACUAACUAAGGUGUUAGCUAGAAACUUGUAUAGCCUCGACCUCAGUGACCUGCCAUUGGAUAAAUUAAGUGAGCAGAAGCAGAAAAAACACAAAGGCAAAGGAGUUGGGCAUGAAUUCCCAAAAUCUUCUGUUGAUAAGUCCUUUUCUAGAGGCUGGAGCCGUGAUCAACCUGGACAAGCACCAAUGAGACAACGCAGUGCUACAACCACUGGCUCUCCUGGAACAGAAAAGGCAAGAAGCAUAGUACGACAGAAAACAGUUGACAUUGAUGAUGCUCAAAUUCUUCCACGUCCACCUCGAGUCAGACAUUUUUCACAGAGUGAGGAUGCUCCAAGUGAAGUUUUUGGUGCAUUAAAUGAGGAACAGCCAUUGCCACGAAGCAGCAGCACCUCUGACAUCCUGGAACCAUUCGCAGUUGAACGAGCCAAAGCUAAUAGAGAGGACAUGAAUCAAAAGCUGCACCCUAUUGAUAGUGAUAUUGGCAGUAGCAAUACAAACGUUCCUGACCUCAUGGAUGAAUUUAUAGCUGAGAGACUCCGCAGUGGUAGUGCACUGAAUGUGACAAGAAGAGGAAGCAGUCCUGGCAGCCUGGAAGUUCCUAAAGACCUUCCUGAUAUAUUGAACAAACAGAACCAGAUGCGCCCUAUAGAUGACCCAGGUGUGCCUUCCGAGUGGACAUCGCCCGCCAGCGCGGGCAGCAGUGACCUCAUCAGUUCUGACAGCCACUCAGACUCAUUCAGCGCCUUCCAGUAUGAUGGCCGCAAGUUUGAAAAUUUCAGCUUUGGCACGGAAGCAGGAACACCAGCUUCCACUGACGUUGAUGCAAUUUCAAGACAGCAACAGAGUGCUGAGGAGCAGGAAGUGGCCAGUCUAACUACACUCCACAUAGAUUCAGAAACAAGUAGUCUCAAUCAGCAACCAUUGUCUGCAGAAGCAGCAACUAUCACUGGCUCUGAAAGUGCUUCUCCAAUCCAAUCUGCUCUUGGAUCCCGAUCACAGACACCCUCUCCUGCUACUCUUCAUGCAGAUCAUAUUGAGCAGAAGGAUCUGCAGCUGGAUGAGAAGCUCCACCACUCUGUUUUACAGACGCCAGAUGACCUAGAAACUAGUGAAUUCCCCUCAGAAUGUUGCAGUGUGAUGGCUGGGGGAACGCUUACAGGAUGGCAUGCAGAUGUUGCUACUGUGAUGUGGAGGCGAAUGCUGGGAAUUUUGGGAGAUGUCAACAGCAUAAUGGAUCCAGAAAUUCAUGCUCAGGUUUUUGAUUACCUGUGUGAACUGUGGCAGAAUCUGGCCAAGAUAAGAGACAAUCUUGGUAUUUCAACAGAUAACCUAACUUCACCAUCACCACCAGUUUUAAUUCCACCGCUGAGGAUUCUAACACCAUGGCUGUUCAAGGCAACAAUGCUGACUGAUAAAUACAAACAAGGAAAGCUACACGCUUACAAACUCAUUUGUAAGACAAUGAAGCGAAGACAAGAUGUUUCUCCGAACAAGGAUUUUUUAACUCAUUUCUACAAUAUAAUGCAUUGUGGACUUCUUCAUGUUGAUCAAGAUAUUGUCAAUACAAUCAUCAAGCACUGCUCUCCUCAGUUCUUUUCACUUGGUUUGCCUGGUGCCACCAUGCUUAUUAUGGAUUUCAUUGUAGCAGCAGGAAGAGUGGCUGCAUCUUCUUUCCUCAAUGCACCAAGAGUGGAAGCACAAGUUCUUUUAGGAUCUCUAGUCUGUUUUCCCAAUUUAUAUCAUGAACUACCAGCUCUUCACCCAAACGUUCCUGACAUUGCUGUGUCUCAAUUUACAGAUGUUAAGGAACUCAUAAUUAAAACUGUGUUAAGCUCAGCAAGAGAGGAGCCAUCUGGUCCUGCCCGAUGCGUUGCUCUUUGUAGCCUCGGUAUUUGGAUCUGUGAGGAGCUAGUUCAUGAAUCACAUCAUCCUCAGAUCAAGGAAGCAUUGAAUGUGAUUUGUGUUUCUUUAAAGUUUCCAAAUAAAACAGUUGCCCAAGUUGCCUGCAGUAUGCUGAACAUGCUGAUACAUUAUGUACAUAGACUUCAAGUGUAUCAAACUGAUUCACCUUUAAGAAUUAUUCAAAUUCUGAUAGCAACUAUUACCCAUCUGCUACCCAGUACAGAAGCUUCCUCUUAUGAACAGGACAAAAGGUUGGUGGUUUCUUUACUUCUGUGCUUAUUGGAUUGGAUAAUGGCCUUGCCAUUGAAGACCUUGCUGCAGCCUCUUCAUGCUACAGGAGCAGAAAAUGAUAAGACUGAAAGAUCUGUUCUUCAUUGUAUAUAUAAGGUUCUUCAUGGAUGUGUCUAUGGGUCUCAGUGUUUUAGCAACCCUAAAUAUUUUCCUCUAAGCCUUUCUGAUUUGGCAUGUAUGGAUUACGAUCCUUUUAUGCAUUUAGAAAGCUUGAAGGAACCAGAACCACUGCAUUCUCCAGACUCGGAGAGAUCUUCUAAACUUCAGCCAGUCACUGAAGUGAAAACUCACAUGCAACAAGGAUUAAUUUCUGUUGCUGCCCGUACUGUGAUAACACACCUAGUCAACCACUUAGGCCACUACCCUAUGAGCGGGGGUCCUGCUAUGCUAACCAGUCAAGUGUGUGAAAACAAUGACAAUCCGUACAGUGAAAGCCCUGAACUUUCUCCUGAACUUUUUGAGAACCCAAAUCUUCAAUUCUUUGUUUUAAACAACACUUCUCUGGUGUCUUGCAUACAAAUCCAAGCAGAAGAUGACAUGCCUGGGGGUGGACUGUCUGCUGGACUUGCAUCUGCUAACUCAAAUGUUAGAAUUAUUGUGCGUGAUCUGUCUGGCAAGUACUCAUGGGAUUCUGCCAUUUUGUAUGGACCAUCAUCUUUCUGUGGAUCUUCACAGCAAAUGUCUUUUUCGCUUUCCUUAUCUCAGCAAGAUAAAACAGAAGAUGCUCUUUCAUCUUUUGAGCAAGUGGAGGAUGUAUCGACGAGGGAUGGAAUUACACUUCAAGUAAAGAGGAAAUUUAGAGACACUGUACCAACAUGGGAUACGAUUAGGGAUGAAGAAGAUGCCCUUGAUGAGCUCCUGCAGUAUUUAGGUGUAACAAGCCCUGAGUGCUUACAGAGAACUGGUGUCUCACUGAACAUUCCUGCCCCUCAACCAGUCUGUAUCUCAGAGAAGCAGGAAAACGAUGUCAUCAAUGCAAUUCUGAAACAGCACACAGAAGAGAGGGAGUUUGUUGAAAAGCAUUUCAAUGAUUUAAAUAUGAGGGCUAUGGAGCAGGAUGAGCCAACCUCACAAAAGCCUCAGUCAGCAUUUUACUACUGCAGAUUACUUCUUAGUAUACUGGGAAUGAAUUCUUGGGAUAAAAGAAGGAGCUUUCAUCUCCUGAAGAAAAAUGAGAAGUUACUUCGAGAACUCAGAAAUUUGGACUCAAGACAAUGCCGAGAGACACACAAGAUUGCAGUGUUUUAUGUUGCUGAGGGUCAAGAAGAUAAACACUCCAUUCUAACUAAUACUGGAGGAAGUCAAGCCUAUGAGGAUUUUGUAGCUGGUCUUGGCUGGGAGGUAAAUCUCACAAACCAUUGUGGCUUUAUGGGAGGACUGCAAAAAAACAAAAGCACUGGACUGACCACUCCAUAUUUUGCUACCUCGACAGUAGAAGUUAUGUUCCACGUGUCAACAAGAAUGCCUUCUGAUUCAGAUGACUCUCUAACAAAAAAGCUAAGACAUUUAGGAAAUGAUGAAGUACACAUUGUCUGGUCAGAGCACACUCGAGAUUAUAGAAGAGGAAUCAUUCCAACAGAAUUUGGUGACGUACUUAUAGUUAUCUAUCCCAUGAAAAACCAUAUGUUCAGUAUCCAGAUAAUGAAAAAGCCUGAGGUUCCCUUUUUUGGUCCACUCUUUGAUGGUGCUAUUGUGAAUGGAAAAAUUCUCCCUAUUAUGGUUCGUGCAACAGCUAUAAAUGCAAGCCGUGCAUUGAAAUCAUUAAUCCCAUUAUACCAAAACUUUUAUGAGGAGAGAGCUCGGUAUCUGCAAACAAUUGUUCAACACCAUCUAGAGCCUACAACUUUUGAGGAUUUUGCUGCUCAGGUUUUCUGUCCAGCACCGUACCAUCAUUUGCCCUCAGAGACAGAUCAUUAAAUAUCAGUUCUGUAUAUCUGAAGGCUUCUGCCCAGAGACUCAGCAGGGAGAAACUCCAGCAGCAGCAACAGUACAGGUGGAUGGAACAGACUUAGCCUCUCCAAUGUCUCCUCGGACUAGCAAGAGCCGCAUGUCUAUGAAGCUGCGCCGCUCCUCUGGCUCGGCCAACAAGUCCUGAGCAGCCAGAUGCCUGCAGCUUCCUGUGACCAGACCCCUCCCUAGCCGC